CAAAACCAUUCUACCUUUUUUUUCUCUUCUUUGUAUCAUUCGUUGCGAAUUUCCUGCCGAUUUUACAGAGGGCGUAGGCAAAAGCACUCUGAUUACCUCGUUGAUAAAGGAGUCUUUUAUACCCAAUGUCCAACACCUCGUUCCCGAAGUCACCAUUCCACCGGAAGUAACACCUGAAAAUGUGACGAUGCAUAUCAUGGAUUCUUCAGCUCGUCCGGAACAUCGAGAACAGUUGGAAGCAGAGAUCCGCAAAGCUCAUGUGAUCUGCAUCGUCUACGCUAUCGAUGAUCCUAAUACGUUCAAUCGCCUUCCACUCUAUUGGCUACCUUAUAUACGGUCUUUAGGUGUCAAUGUACCCUCGGUUUUGGUCGGUAAUAAGAUCGAUUUGCGUGGUGAUGAUGUGACAAAUCAAAGUCUCGAAGAUGAAGUGAUUCCAAUCAUGAAUGAAUUCAAGGAAGUGGAGACAUGCGUGGAAUGUUCGGCCAAACAGUUACUGAACGUGUCCGAGGUCUUUUAUUUCGCACAAAAGGCGGUGUUGCAUCCUACCGCCCCUCUUUACGAUUCCCGGGAACACAUUCUCAAACCUCAAUGUAUAGAUGCACUAAAGAGAAUUUUCAAAUUAUGUGACAUUGAUAACGACGGUUUACUGAAUGACGAGGAAUUGAACGAGUUUCAGAGAAAAUGCUUCAACGCGCCUUUGCAACAGCAGGAAUUGGAUGGAGUGAAAGAAGUCGUGCGGGAACAUGAGCCAGCAGGAGUAACCGACGCUGGCUUGACAGAGACCGGUUUUGUUUUCCUUCAUUCAUUAUUCAUCCAACGCGGUCGUCUGGAGACAACAUGGACUGUUUUGCGGAAAUUUGGAUAUGGCGAUGACUUGUCAUUACGCGAAGAUUUUUUGCUUCCGACAUUCGAUGUUCCCGCCGAAUGUUCGGUGGAACUGAGUCCUCAUGGAUAUCAAUUCUUUGCUGAACUAUUCCAAGCAUUCGACAAGGACAAAGAUGGUGCUCUGAAUCAUCAGGAACUUGAAGCCCUUUUCAGCACUUCUCCCGGCAAUCCUUGGGCAAAUACGGCCUUUCCACAUACAACCAUCACAACCGAAACAGGGUCAGUGACCUUGCAAGGCUGGCUAGCACAAUGGAGUAUGACCACCCUCAUAGACCAUCGCACCACAUUGAAAUAUUUUGCCUAUCUCGGAUUCGAGGGGGAUACACGGAAUGCACUCAAAGUGACGCGGCCAAAGAAAGCGGAUCGUAAGAAGGGGAAAAUUCAACGAAACGUAUUCUCAUGUUACGUUUUUGGCGCUCCUGGAUCUGGCAAGACUUCCUUGAUGAGAGCAUUUGUGCACAAGCCAUUUUCAGAAAAGUAUCAACCGACCACCGAACCAUUCCAGGUCGUUAAUUCCGUCGAGAUGAAGGGCGUUGAAAAAUACCUUGUCUUGCAAGAAGUGGGAGCAGAGCAGGAAGCGGAAAUUUUAUCCAAUAAGAAACGAUUGGACGCCUGCGAUUUGUUAUGUUUUGUAUAUGAUACAAGCGAUGUCAACUCGUUUGGCUACGUCGCGUCAUUAAGGGAAAAAUACAAGAUAGAUCACCUGCCCAUCGUGUUUAUUGCUACAAAGUGUGAACUGGAUCUGGUCACUCAACGCUACGAGGUGCAACCGGACGUUUACUGCCGUAAUAUUAGAUUAGCCGUACCUUUGAGUGUCUCAGUGAAGGAACAUCAACUCGCGGAUGUUUAUCACAUUUUAACUGGCUUGGCAAUGAAUCCUGCGAUUGCUACUCCGGGUUCUCUCAAAGACAAAUCGGAUGAGGCAUGGCUGUCAAAACAUUACAUCACAUUGUCGGUCGUGGCUGGAGUCGUGAUAUUGACUGGAUUAGCUGGCUACAAGCUGUUGAAACAGCAUACCUACAGCCUCACCAACAGCGCUCAAGGCGUCGCCACUGCAGCUGUAAAGAAAAAAGAGUAUUUAUGAAAAUUGUACUAAUAACUGUAAACCCUGCUGUCCUCCUCUUUCUCGUUCUCAAAUGAAUCAAACUAACUUCAUAUAUUUUCUCAUUAAAAAAAAAGAAAUAAUAUCCUCGUAACAAGCACAAAAUACUCGUUAUUGGACAAAUU